AUGGAUAGGGAACUGAGUAACCUACCUAAUCUUAUUGUAGAAAUUUUCAGGAUCAAGGAUUGUACCAUGCAAACUAGAAAUGCUUUUUCUUGGAUAAAGAAAGAGAUUACUCGAUCUAUUUCCGUAUUGCUCAUGAUCUAUAUAAUAACUCGAGCACCCAUUUCAAAUGCAUAUCCCAUUUUUGCCCAACAAGGUUAUGAAAAUCCUCGAGAAGCUACCGGCCGGAUUGUAUGUGCUAAUUGUCAUUUAGCUAAUAAGCUCGUAGAUAUUGAGGUUCCACAAGCGGUACUUCCCGAUACUGUAUUUGAAGCAGUUGUUCAAAUUCCUUAUGAUAUGCAAGUGAAACAAGUUCUUGCUAAUGGGAAAAAGGGGGCUUUGAAUGUAGGAGCUGUUCUUAUUUUACCAGAGGGUUUUGAAUUGGCCCCUCCUCAUCGUCUUUCGCCCCAGAUUAAAGAAAAGAUAGGUAAUUUGUCUUUUCAAAGCUAUCGUCCCACAAAAAAAAAUAUUCUUGUCAUAGGCCCCGUUCCUGGGAAAAAAUAUAGUGAAAUUACCUUUCCUAUUCUUUCUCCGGAUCCUGCUACUAAGAGAGAUGUUUACUUCUUAAAAUAUCCUCUAUACGUAGGCGGGAACAGGGGAAGGGGUCAGAUUUAUCCCGACGGAAGCAAGAGUAAUAAUAAUGUUUCUAAUGCUACAGCAACAGGUGUAGUAAACAAAAUAAUACGAAAAGAAAAAGGUGGAUAUGAAAUAACGAUAGUAGAUGCAUCAGAUGGACGUGAAGUGAUUGAUAUUAUACCGCCAGGACCAGAACUUCUUGUUUCAGAGGGUGAAUCUAUCAAACUUGAUCAACCAUUAACGAGUAAUCCUAAUGUGGAUGGAUUUGGUCAGGGGGAUGCAGAAAUAGUGCUUCAAGAUCCAUUACGUGUCCAAGGUCUCUUGCUCUUCUUGGCAUCUAUUAUUUUGGCACAAAUCUUUUUGGUUCUUAAAAAGAAACAAUUUGAGAAGGUUCAAUUGUCCGAAAUGAAUUUUUAGGAAUGUGAAUUUAUCAACAUAUUAAGCUGGUAAAAAGAACUCCAUUUUUAUUGAUAAAUUCUGUAAAGACCAUUGGUUCUUUCUAGUUUUUUUAUACUAUAUUUAGAGAAUUCCUUGUACCGUACAAUUAGUCAGUUAUAGUAUGUAUAUUGUGAAGAAGACUAUAGAAUUAAUUCGAACCAUAUGAUUAUGUCGCUGUUUUCAGAUUAUCAUGUUCUAGAAUAGAAAUCUUCGAAUUUCUAUUGUAAUAGAAUUAACUCGAUACUAAACCUAAAAAAUAGGUAGGUACAGAAUAUUAAGUAAAGUAGAAAUAGAAAAGCGGAAAACAGGAUUCUAUGAUGGAUAAGUUGUCUUUUCCUAGAGUCCGAUUCCUUAUUGUUUAUGUCGAAAUAGAUACGUAGUGAAGGAAUGGACAAACAAAAAAGAGCGGGAAUUGAAUUCACCAAAUACAAGUUUCUUAAUUAACUUCAAAAAAAAAACAAUUGAAUCAUGAGUCUAUAUUAGAAAUAUAUUUCUAGUAAGAUUCCGUUUUCAUUCAGAUCCUAAAAACAGGAUCUGGAAUUUUUUGAAACAUAGAAUAAAGUUAUCUAUUGACUGACUUACAAAAAUAUUCUGAUUAUGAAGAACUCAACGGGACCCACUCGAAUUCAUCAAAGAAAGAGUGGAUCCCUGUUGAGUUCUUAUGCUUUCAUUUCGAAAACGAAAUUCAUGCGAUUAUUACAGGGAUGAUCCCAAUCCGGAAUAUGAACCAUAAAAGAAAAUACCAAUUAAACCGAUCACAACAAUACCAGCUACAGUACCUAUUAUCCAAAGAGGAAUUCUUCCAGUAGUAUUGGCCAUUUAUCCCACUUUCCUCCACAUUUGAUCAAGUAGUCAGUCAUACUAGAGACCUAAACAGUCAUACAUAAUUAUGAAAUGAUAUCCUUCCGAAUAGGAUAAGAGAAUUCCUAAUAUAUAUAUACUAUUCUCUUUUCUUCUAUUAAUUGAUUAAUUAAUUGAAGAAAUAAUUUGAGAAUAAAACAGCAAGUACAAAAAUGAGUAAUAAACCCCAGUAGAGACUGGUACGAUUCAAUUCAACAUUUUGUUCAUUUGGGUUUGAUUGUGUCAUAGUUCUAUAAUUCGGAUUAGGUUUAUCGUUGGAUGAACUGCAUUGCUGAUAUUGAUCCCAAAAAAGAAACGGUGGGUACCGCUAGUCCGUGAACAGCCAACCAUCGUACUGUAAAAAUGGGAUAGGUCCUAUCUAUGGUCAUUGGAGCCUCCUAAAAAGAUCUACUAAAUUCAUCGAGUUGUUCCAAAGAAUCAAAACGGCCAGUUAUUAAAGGAAUUCCUUGUCGGGUUUCUGUAAAAUACUCGUUUGGACGGGGGCUUCCAAAUACAUCGUAAGCUAAACCCGUGCUGACAAAUAACCAACCCGCAAUGAAUAGGGAGGGUAUAGUAAUGCUAUGAAUAAUCCAGUAUCGAAUACUGGUAAUAAUAUCAGCAAAAGAACGUUCUCCUGUGCUUCCAGACAUGCCGAGCUCCACAUAUUCUUAUACAGUCAAAUGGGGAUUGAUUCCAUAAAAGAUCAGAUCAGUAAGUAGAAAUUUACUGAAAUUGAAUUUUUGUGUUACGAUCGUCAAUGGA